AUGUCACAGCCCAACAGCUACCCCGCCUUCAACUUCAACGAGACUUACUUCGACCCGCAGUCGUCGCAGGUCAGCAAUGCAUCCUUCCCACAAUGGAGUUCGCAAGCGUCGAGGCCAAUGGGAAAUGCUCCUAGCCCCUCUCCAACCGUCCGGACCACCAUGACUGCACCUAAUCCGCGCUCUUUUAACCGCCCAAGCAUGAGCCAGUCCAGUAUCCUCCCGCCGGAGAACAGGAUCGACCCCAACCUUUCUAGUCUUUCAUUUCUCAACGUGCCCUCGGCUGGUCGGCCUCGUUCAGCCAUGGACAAUGCCAAUAGCAUGGAUUCGGUAUCGUCGCGUAUCUAUGGCGGCAGUCACGAUGAGCCGUGGAAUCCCUUACGGAUGAGGAACCAGAGCGUCACUGCUAGUCGCCCUUCCUUUCCAUCCACGACUAUGAACUACGGGACCCCGUACCGCAGCGGCCCCGGAUCAGACAUAGCCAGAUCGGACUCUGGAUACUAUACCCACCAAGCUCAUUCAGUCAUAAGCAAUGAGCCAGAGCGUGUCAAUCAGGAACUUUCGCCUAACAUCGGCUUCCGAAUGGGCAACAUGAAUGUCAACUCUGCAUCUAGCGAGCCGACAGACGUCUUCCCAAUGCAAUCCGAUCAAGCGUCACAGUAUAGCGGCCGCAGCGCUGCAAGUCAAAGUAAAUCUCACAAGUGCCCACAAUGCAAAGAAAUGUUCAAGUGUCGGUCAGACUUCAAAAAGCAUAUGCUCAAACACGAGAAGCCGUACAGAUGCGAUUUUCCGAAUUGUCGGCGCGCCACCGCGGGAAAAGGCUUCACAACCGUCAAUGAUCUCGCGAGACACAAGAAGAGCGUCCAUCGCGUUGGAGUUGAGAAGGAUUCCUAUCGAUGCGCCUCUGAGCACUGCAGAAAUCGCGAGAAGAUUUGGCCUCGUCUGGACAAUUUCAAGCAGCACAUCUCCCGCAUGCACAAGGGCGAGGAUGAGCAAGACUUGACCCGCAGGUCUCAAUGGCAGGGCCCGGUGUAUGCUGCGCCCAACGCCGAUGCAUUGUCAGUGGCUCCGAUGGAUACCACACUUGCCGGCAUAGGCACGGAGAAGCAGUUUGCCGGUAAUGAGCUUGUUGAUCCCAACUCCGGAAUAAGCUUAACCCCAGAUCAGGACUCUAGCCUUUGGAACUCCUUCGAUCCGAGCGCUCAAGAAUUCGCCCUGGACGUAGACCGAGCGAAUACAAGCGCGGACGGUCAAGGAUCCAGGAAGGCCAGCAACGGAUCCGGAUAUAAAGCCGCCAGCCAGCCGUCCGCCUCCCGCCCGAACCCAAACCAUGCAACCCGGCCUCGACAGGAUUCUCUCAGUGUCCUUGCAGAUGUUGCGUCCACUCAGCCUUCUCCGGACAAACCGGCUCCUCAAUCCCGUCGUCAACUAUCCAGCGCCCCUCAAACCAAGGCCGAGCAGCAAAGACAAGCCCUGCAGAAUUUCUCAAAGGCGGCGGCCAGCGAGAGCGCCCCUCAAAGCAAUGCCGAGCGGCAAAGAGAAGCUCUGCAGAAGUUCUCCAAAGCUAUAGCUAGCGAGAUCCAGAACGCACACUCCACAGACUCGUUAGACCUUGAGAACGUUGUCUUACGUGUUCUUUACGGCGCUACCAAGCAAAACAGGAAGGACGUCCAUCUAUCAAAUCCCCCUCAAGGGUCUGUCACCAACACAGGCUCUGUUGAUGAUAUGGAUACGGACAUUACCAUGACAAAAGCCGAAGCGUUACGCGCCUCUCAAGCAAUAUCCAACCUCAUCAAGCAAAGCGGGAACCCUCCAUUCUCCAACCGUCCGCGGCGACCCUCAAAAGGAUUCUCUCCCAAUGGGCAAACCUGCCAGAAGUGCGGCACUACGCUCGCGCGCUCUUGCGAUAUGAAAAAGCACAUGAAGCGGCACACUAAACCCUAUGGCUGCACCUAUCCCAAAUGCCACAAGCGCUUUGGGGCCAAGUCAGACUGGAAGCGACAUGAGAACAGCCAGCACUUCCAACUCGAAUCAUUUCGCUGCCAGCUGACUUGCCCGUCUUCUCAAACACCCUGCGGCGAGCUCUUCUACCGUGCUGAGCUGUUCAAGGCUCAUCUUCAAACGGACCACAAGGUGGUCCAGCAGGAGCAGCUCGCGCAUGAGCUAAAAGCGCGAAGAAUAGGCAGGAAUGGGCAGGGGCAGUUCUGGUGUGGCUUCUGUCAACAGAUUUUGCGAUUAGAGAAGAAGCGAAACGCAGCAUGGGACGAGCGAUUUGACCACAUCGACCAUCACUUCACAAAGGAGAACAAGAGCAUUGAGGACUGGUUGUGUGUAGAGGCGAAGAAGACGAAGGGUGAUGUAUUACGCGAGAUGGACAAAACGAGCUUCGAUGAAGAGGACGCAGAUGAUUACGGCGUUGGGACGGAUGAGAGCCCUCCUCCAACUAGGGGUGAAGCAAAUGAUGCGCCCGGGCAACCGCGACCACCAGAGCAAUCCUCUUCAGCAGCAAUGCCGGCUCCGCCCUCGACCUCUCAAAACGCAGGCCAAAGCCAAAGGAAAAGAUCAGCUCCCGCAGAUAUCGUCGCUUCGCCUCCGGCAUCGAAACGCCGGAAGAGAGACGUCAAUCGCUACUGUUGCGCAUGCGACAAUGGUCCUUGGCCUAGCCAUACUUACAUCGACUGCGUGGCCUGCGGCCAUCACCUUUGUAACAGUUGUACGGUGGUUGGUUUUGUGCGGCCGGAAGUGGGCAUGAUGAUGAGUUAG